UCAUGACUGCUUACAUACAAAACAUACAAAUCAUGAGAAUAAUUCAAAUGAGAUUUGUCAAUUAUUUAAGUUGACCAAGAUGAACAUAAAAAAUCCUAUGUUUGUAAUAGAAUAUGAAUAUAUAUUACAUGAAUCAACAAAGGAAGAAGAAUAUGAAAAUUGCAGAAUUGCAUGUACCAUAGAUGAUACAAUGUUUAUAUGUUUAUCUAAUUCCAAUAUUAGACGAUGUAUUAGCAAUUAUGGAAAAGUAGAAAUAUAUAAUCUUGUAAAAAUAUCUGUUUCUAGACAAAAUAUAAAUUCAGUUGACAUAGAUUUAGACUUGCCUAACUUAAGAGAAUUUGAUAUUUCUUAUAAUCGAUUGGAUGAAUUUCCAAAUUCAAAAUUUAUAAAAAAUGUGGAAAUAUUAAAUAUAAGCUUUAAUAACAUAAAAUUAUUACAUGUUGAGGAAACCUUACUUUCACUAAAAGAACUGGAUAUAUCAUGGAACUUAUUAAUGUAUUGUCUUCAAUGUAUUAGUAUUUUUAUAACUUAUAUACCCAACAUGUGUAAGCUGAAGAUACAUGAAAAUCAUUUCAAUGAUAUUACUGAUCCUCAAUUAGUAGAAUACUUAUUACAUACAUAUUUAUCAAAAUUACAAUUUGUUAAUAAUUGUAAUUGCAAAAAUCUUAAUUUAUCCCAAAAUUAUUUUCCAUGUGCUUUUAAUAUGUGUAAACUAAAUAAUAAAUGGCAUAAAAAAUUAGUUUAUUUGAAAUAUAAUACGUUGAAAAAUAUGGAAGAGAUAAAAUUACUGGAGAAGAAAAAUAUAGAAAAAGCAAGAUAUAUUCAUAUAUCACAAAAUCUUAUUGCAGCAUCAAACGUCUUGAAAGAAUUAAAGAAUGUACAAGAGCUUUGUGCUACUUGUUGUUUGUUGCCCAUAUUUUCUUUUGCAAAACCUUUAAAGUAUCUGAUUAAAUUGAAUCUUGGAAGUAACUUUAUUUCAAUUUUGGACGAUUUCACUCAAGAAAAUUUUCCAAUGUUAAAAUACCUAGAUUUGACUAAUAAUCUAAUAACAAAUUUGGAAUCAAUGGGAUCAUUCCAUACAUUACAAGAAUUUUACUGUGGAAAUAAUGAAAUAAGAAACAUAGCACAAAUAGACAAUGUUAAAACUUGGCAAACAUUACAUGUUAUAGAUUUUUGUAAUAAUCCAAUAAGUACAGAUACAUUAUAUAAAAAAUUUAUUAUAUUUCACUUGAGUAACAUUGAAUAUAUUUCUGGAGAAUAUAUAAGAAACUCUGAUAUUUCUGAAGCAAGAUAUAUAUUUGGCAAUAAAUUUGAUAAACAUGUAUUAAAUAGAAUAUAUGAAACAGAUUACCUAACAAAUAUAACACAACUGAGUCUAAUUGACUGUUCUUUGUCAAAAGUGGAUCUUUCUGCAGAAAUUUUACCACAGUUAGAAAGUUUGGAUCUAAGUAAAAAUCAAAUAACUUAUUUAUGUGGUCUCCAUUCCUUUAAGUAUUUGCAUACAUUAUGUUUAAGUUACAAUUGCCUGGAAGCAUUUAAUGGAAAUGAUUGUGACAAAAAUAAUUGUAUAUUUCCAAAACUAUACACUUUAUUUUUAGAUCAUAAUUGCAUUAAGACAGUAAUAAAUAUUAGUAAAGAACAAUUACCCGUGAUUAAACAUCUAUUUUUAAAUAAUAAUUACCUUCAAAGUACCAAUGGUAAUAUUUUAUAUCAUUAAACUAAUUAAUAUAUACUUUGUAUUUUAAUAACAUUACUUAUUGUAAAUAUAUAUUAAAUAUUCAGAAAUAACUUAUUGUUCUACUUUGGAAUCUCUAACUUUGGAUUAUAAUGCAAUUGAAUUAUUAAAUGUAGAAGAUUUUAUCGAAAAUGAUAAUCUAGAGUUUCUAUCUGUUGAGAAUAAUAAAAUAAAAUCCUUGAAAUUUACAAAAUCAUUAAAAAAAUUAAAAAAACUUUAUGUUGCUCAUAAUUGUUUAACAGUAAGUAUAAAUAAAUCAUCAUAAAUGUUGAACUUAAUAAUGAAAAAUAUAUUUCAGGAUGAAGUUGAAAUACAAUAUUUAUUAUUACUGAAAAAUUUAGAAGAAAUAACAUUUGAAGGGAAUCCUUUAUAUAAUGAAAUAAACAAAAAUAAAAUAAUUGCUCAAGACUUCAGAAUUCAAGAUGCAAAAAUUGAGGAAAUUUAAUUUAAGAACAUUGAAGUUUAGAAAGUUUGCCAUUUAUAUUUUUCAUUCAUUAAAAAUAUCAGUAUUUCACACAAUAAAGAUGAUUUCAUUAAUUCAGAAUAAUUUUUGAUAACCCUAAAGCAAGCAAAUAUAACGUUUAUAUACAUAUGUAUAAUAAAAUAACUACAUAUUCUGACAAUCAAUAGUAUUUGUACUUACUAAUUUCAUGAAUAAAGUUUUACAAAUGAACAUAAAUUUGUAUUUUGCAUUGUAAUAUACUUUUUACGUUUAUGUUUAUAUUAGAACCGUAAAUGUACAUUGUGGAAUACAUAGUUUGUGAAAAAAAUCAGCCGGAAUGUAAGUUGCAAGAUAGCAAGUGUUUGAAUCAUGACUAUAGAAUCUAACCUUAGUUACAAAUCAUUCAAAACAAAAAUAAAUGGAGCUAGAGACAGUACUCCGAAAAUAUGCAACAGUGAAUAAAU